UGCCUCCUCAGCCACCGUAGUGGAUGCAUGGCCCGCGGGUAUCAUGUUGAAGGUGACAGGUAGUGCCAUGCCGGGAGCUGCGAGUUUGUUACCGAUCACCAUCUUUGCUGCUGCUGCUGCCGGUGAGCAGGAGCCAGAGCCGACCCGGAGCCCCUCUCUCCGGGAUGAUCUGUCUCUGUACACCGCUCCUCCUCAGCAGAAGGCCCAGUAUGAGGAGCCCGAGGCGGGUCAGCUUGAGCAGACUGUCGCCACCCUCAGGAAGUUCACGGAGCCGUACACAGGCUGGUGUCAGGGCACGUAUAACACAGUUAAACCCAAAGUUCAAAGUGUUGUCAAGUGUGGGACUGACUCCUACGCCUACUUGAAGAACCCCCCGAAGGACUUCUAUCCCCGGGCGGGAGUCAUCGGCUUCACCGGUAUCCUGGGACUGGUUCUGGCCAGAGGCUCCCGGAUUAAGAGGCUCGUCUACCCGGCGGGCCUGGUGGCCGUCAGCACCUCCCUCUACUACCCGGCGCAGGCUGCGGCCGUCGCCAAGUCAGCCGGAGACUCCGUGUACGACCGCGCGGUGCGGAGCUACGCUGCCCUGGAGAAGAUGGUGAAGUCUCAAAGCAAAGCUGAGAAAGGCACCGACUCAGAAACUAAACCCUGAAGAUCCCCACAGUGUGUGAUUCUGCAACAACUCAGCAAUAAGAAAUGAGCGUUUUCCUGAUUGACAUGUGCUACCUAGACAGGCUCUAAUCUCAUCUGUGUGACUUCCUCAUGCCCACUUUUUGCACUAAGCUUCACAUGUAACUCAGGCCUGAGCAUGGCCUGUCGCAAGGGCUUUGCUACUUGAAUGAUUAACUUCUGAUUUGAAUGUAUAUUUAUGUAGAGAAUUAAUACAAAAAAAUCAUUGCAUUAAAGUCUUCUGAUAUUUGUU